GUUGUCCUAUUUCAUCUCAAAAUUUUCCUACCCCCAUUAAAGCCGCCUACCCCCUACCCUCCUCAAAAAAAAAAUAGGAUGCAAACUGUUCAUAUCCCGCUCAUGUAGACGCUGGAUAGACGUACUUUGUGAGAAUAUGGUAUCAGCUCAAAAUUAUAAUCAAUGGAGAUUUAAAUCGUAUAUAGAUUCAUUGGAAUUAUACCUACAACAGUUAAUGACAAUAUCAACAUUUCAACCCCCAAAAGAAAAUAUUAAAGAGUACAAUACUAAACUAAGUUACCUAAAAUCUUUGAUUAAGGCUUCAAGCUUACCACCAAUUUGUUUGAGCAAUGUGGAAACAUGUGAUGAUUCAGAAAGUUUUUCAAAAUCAAUGAUUGGUAUUAAUAUACCAGAAAAUGAGGUUAACAUAGCAUAUCCUAAAAACUCAACAACAUCCGUUAAACAAUUAUAUGUUUUAAUGUCUUCUGAAAAAGAAAAUAACCUUAGAGCACGCCUUUUAUCAAAAUCUAAUGCUUAUGACAAUGAUAUUGACUUAGAUGAUAUUGAUAAAAUUGCAUUUCUUAAAACUAAUUCCAAAAUUCAGGAGGCUCUAUCAGAACAAAUGGUUGAUUUGGUUAAAAAUUUAAAAAAUAAUGUUAGUCUAGCUUCAACUAUUAUUAAAAAAGAUAACAAGGUCUUAUUUCAAUCAACAAAUCUUCAAGCCAAAAAUUUAGAAAAAUUGAAAGGUGUAAGUGAUCAAUUAGAUAUCACAAAAACUAAAGCAAAUCCUUGUUGGGCUCUCAGAAAAAUGACGAGAAAUGUUUUUAACUCCACCGAUUUCCUGAACACUGAUCCCGAAUUGGUGCAAGCCUUCAUAACUCACGAGCAUGUUAAGCCCCUAACACCCAUGAUAUUGCAAUUCCUUAUCAAGUGGGCUCAAAAUCGAUGUGCCGUUUAUUGCAAACCCGUUACUUCGGGAAGAGUUAUAAACGCUCUGAACGAAAAUGUCAUGGUUAUGAACUACAUAGAGAACUUGAAUUAUCUAGACUUCCGUGAAAUCGUGGUGAAACGAAAAUUAUUGAGCGAGUUUGUUAUGAUGGAGGUAUUAUCCGCCAGAAUUCGUAGCUUGGAAAUCGAUAGUUAUAAGCCAGACUUGAUAAAAGUCGAAAUCUCACUGCACUGUCAUAAGUUUAGUGUAAAGUCACCGGUGCUUAACACCUUUCCUACUCAUUUAGAUGUGUGUCAACAGAUAUACCUAGUUGGUCUUGGUAAUAAUUGUGACUAUAAUGGUAAAAUAAAUAUAACGGUCAAAGAUGACGAUCAAAUUUGUCUUAAGUACGAAAUUAAUUCUACUAAUUCUAUUGUACAACCUCCAUAUCAUUUUAUGCUACCUCUAAUACCCCUAUACCAAUCUCACCAUUGUAUCAUAAAUUUUCUGAAAAAUGCUUCAACCAGCGAUGUGACAUGGAACGGAGAAGCCAUAAAAGUGACCUCAGGUUCUCAGAAUUCUAUUUUAAAUGAACUCUUUUACAUUUGA